UGGCGUCCGGAGGCGGCUCGCUGGGAAGAGACGCUGGGAAUCCUGCAAAGCUGUUUUAAUUGAGAGUUUUACUGCUUAAUGACAGAUACAAAUACUUCAUUCUCGAUCUCAAGAUGGAGCCCGACACGUUUGCAGAAGAGGUUUCGCAGAGGAAAGUGUGUGUCGUCGGCUCGGAGCUGGUGGAAAACUACACUGUCUAUAUCAUCGAGGUUUCGGAUGGAGAGCACAGAUGGACUGUGAAGCACCGCUACAGUGACUUCCACGAUCUCCACGAGAAGCUGACGGCAGAGAAGAAGGUGGACCGAGGGCUGCUUCCUCCAAAGAAGAUGUUGGGGAAGAACUCAAAGAGUCUGGUGGAGCGGCGGCAGAAGGAGCUGGAACUCUACCUGCAGACGCUCCUGCAGCAGUUCCCACAGGCCACGCCCACUCCGCUCUCCUGCUUCCUGCACUUUCACCUCUAUGAGAUCAACGGCAUCACAGCAGCUCUGGCUGAGGAUUUGUUUAAUAAAGGUGAGCAGCUGCUGCAGGCUGGCGAGGUGUUUUCUCUCCGUCCGCUGCAGCUCUUCUCCGUCUCCCAGCAGCUCCGUCUGGCCAAACCAACCUGCUGUAACGGAGACGCCAAAACCGACCUGGGACACAUCCUGGACUUCACCUGCAGGCUGCGAUACCUCAAGGUGUCUGGGACCAGUGGCCCAGUAGGAACCAGUAACAUCCAGGAGAGCAACCUCCCCUUCGACCUGUCAGUCUUCAAAUCACUGCUGCAGAUAGAGAUCAGUGAGUGCAGCUCUCAGCAGAUUCAAGGUCUGUCGUCUCUGAGGUCGAGUCUGGCAACUCUGAGUAUCCACCACUCCACGGAAACUAUGACGUCGAUCCUGGUCCCGGAGGCGAGCGAGUUCUCACAGUGGGAGGCUGAGGGGGCGGAGUCUGGCUGUCCCGUCACCGCCGUCAUCCCCGUGUGGAGAAACCUGACCACGCUGGACAUGAGCCACAACGGCAUCGGCAUCAUCGACAGCUCAGUGAAACUGAUUCCUAAGGUGGAGUUUCUUGAUCUGAGCCACAACCAGCUGUCUACAGUGGAAAACCUCCAGCACCUGUACAAUCUGGUCCACGUGGAUCUGUCCUACAACAACCUGCUGGUCCUGGAAGCCGCUCACACCCGUCUGGGCAACAUCAAGACUCUGAGCCUGGCCGGAAACCAGCUGGACCAACUGACCGGCCUCACCAAGCUCUACUCGCUGGUCAACCUGGACCUCAGCCACAACCAGCUGGCCCAAUUGGAGGAGAUCAGGAACAUCGGAUCUCUGCCGUGUUUAGAGAAACUCAACCUGUCCAGUAACCCCAUGUGCAUCAUCCCAGACUACAGAACCAAAGUCCUGACCCAGUUUGGAGACCGUGCAGCAGAGGUUUGUCUGGACGGUACGGUGACGACAGAGAAGGAGCUGGACACAGUGGAAGUGUUGAAAGCCAUUCAGAAAGCCAAAGAAGUCAAAGACAGAAUGAGCAGCGGCGACAAGAAGAUCAGUGAGGAGACCAAGCUGUCUGCCGCUGCUGCACCUCCUCACCUCUCCUCUCCCCCCUCUCCUUCCUCCUGCUGCUCCUCUGCUGUUGCUCCUCCUGCUGUCACCUCUUCUUCCUCCUCCUCCUCCUCCUCCUCCUCUUCUUCCACCUCCACCUCCACCUCUUCCACCUCCACCUCUUCCUGCCCGGCCCAGCAGGCUGCCUGCCCCAGCCAAGACAUGACGAGCAGAGAAGAAGAAGCAGUUCCCCCGACUGUUCUCCCUCCUGUGGACGCUGCUCCUCCCCCCGCAAGCUUUAACACUAAUACACACCUCCUGUCUGCUGAACCCGCCCAGGUACAACAAGCUGCUGUCAGUCUGUCUGAACACAAACUCUGUGGAGCUCCUCCAAGUGUUACUACUACCACUACUACAAAUAAUAUCAGUUGUGUCUGCUGCUCUCCCUCCUCCAGACCUCCUGAAACCUCGUGCUUCUCCUGCAGCGCUUCCUUGUUUCCUCAUCUUCCUUCUCACCUGCUCUCCCUCUCCUCCUCCAACAAAGACUUCAUUACCCAGCUCUCCCAGCGUCUCGGCUCCAUCCUGAAGGAGCAGAGGACGGAGACGGAGGAGGAAGAGAAGGAGGAGGAGGAGGAGGAGAAAGAGGAUGAGACGAGGUCUGAAUCCAGAGAGGUUCAGUCCCAUGUGGAGGUCACCGAGGUGGGAAGUCCCAGUCCAGGCUCUGGGGACGGAUACUUCGAGAUGGGUCUGGAUGACUCUGUAGAGGAGUCCGUCUGCUCCUCUUCCUCCACGUCGCUCGCCGUUCCUCCUGCAGAUGAGCUUGAUGGCCACCAGGGGGAGCUGUGUGGAGAACAUGAGGAGGACGAGGUGCAGCUCAGGAGGGUUCUGUGGUGCUACUGUCUCCAGGUGAAGGAGGAGGUGGAGCAGAAGGAGGUGUGUCUGGUGCUGAUGGACCGGCAGUUGGGCCUGCUGUUCCUGUCAGAUGAUGUCACAGGGACCAAUCAGGACGCAGACCCGGAGCAGAGUCGGCCUGUGGAGGAGGUGCUGUCCAGUCUACAGGUGGACCUCCUGCUGCCGUACUCCCAGCUCCUUCUCUCCUGCAGCGCCGACCUCCCUGACUCCUGCCUCGCCUUUGGCCUCCACAACGGUCUGACCCGCUGGUACCUCUUCUCUGAGGUCGAGCAGCUCCGGCAGACCAGGACCGAGCUGACGGCGCUGAUCCAGGCUGCAAAGUCUCAGACUGACCCGGACCCUCCCAUCACUCCUCAGCUCCUCCCCCGCUCACUCAUCAACUCCUGGGAGCUGGAGGAGAGUCAGGGAGCCCAGGGAGGCUAUCCUGCCUUUCUCCUCCUCUCCUCCUCCUCCUCUGCCGUGGACCUCCACCCUCUCCUGUCAGACAUCCUCUCCGAGAGAGACGACUCCACCCUCCCCUCCAUCCUCGUUCUCACCCACCGACACCUCUGGGUGCUGAAGAUGGACUUCAGAGAGCUGGCAGAGAGAGAGAGGAUGAGGAGUGCUGACCUUCAUCACUCCUCCUCCUCUUCUUCUUCCUCCUCCUCCUGGUGCAGGCUGGUCCGUGUGCCCCUCGGCUCCGUGGUGCUUCACCCCAGAGAGAGAGCUUCUCCGGUCGGGGACAGAAGCAGCAGCACCUCCUGCCCCGACCCAAAACACCGCUACAGGAGGACUCGCACUGUGGAGCUGCUGCUGGGCGGUCAGAGGCUGCUGCUGCUCUUCCCUCUGGCCCAGAACAGGAGCUCCUUCCUGGGGGUGCUGAGCCAGCGGAGAGCCUCUCUGGAGGGUCUGAAGAUGGUGGCCCUGCCUCAGCCCUGCAGGCCCCGUCCACAGCAAGGCCGUCACAGAUCCAGAGACCAGUGCUGUUGUGCCACUACGAGGAAAUCCCACAGCACCAGCAGCUGGGACUCCACCAGCCUCCAGGUGGAGGAGAACCAGCCGUCACCCCACCUCAACCCAGGUCUCUCCCCAGGAUUGAAGCUCCUGGCUGGGCUCGGAGAACAGCAGCUACUGACCUACUUCCACAGAUAUAUAGCAGUGUCUGAGGCGGAGGAGGUGAGACAGGUCCUGUGGCUGUCUGUGGUUCUCUACAAGUCUCCAGAGUCUGAGCUCACCUGCUGCCUGCUGCUCUCCACGGAUACAAUCUACUUCCUGUUGGAAGACUCCGCCUCCACACUCGGUCAUAACUCAGUGUUGGACAUAAUGGACUCUGGAGAUGUGGACGUCUGUCUGUGCUGCUGUCUGUCCAUCAGACUGUCUGACCUUCUGUCUGUCAACGUGGGACUGUUCGACCAGUACUUCAGAGUCGUAGGUCGUUCGGCAGAUCACAUCGUGUGCUGUCUCAGCAGGGACAGUUAUGGGACGGGCGUCUUCCUUCAGGAGCUCAUGUCGGCUCUCAGUCUGCAGCAGCAGCUUCCUCCUCCAGAGCCGUCUGAUCAGGACUUCUACUCCCAGUUCACCAGCACAAACACAGGUAAGAUGCAGAACUACGAGUUGGUCCACAGCAGCAGGGUGAAGUUUAUUUAUCCCAGUGAGGAGGAGAUGGGAGACCUGACCUUCAUCGUGGCAGAGAGGAAGGCUCCGGCCAGCGCAGCAUCCUCGUCCUCACGCUCCUUCAACGUCCUGCUGUAUCUGCUGGUCUUCCAGGUCCAAAUCCCUGGCAGUCUGCCCAGCCAGGGCUCCACUCUCUCAGGCCACUCCUCUGUUUCUGGCUCUGGUACGUCUCCGGUCCUCCAGCCCAGGACUUUGAUCCUGACCAGCACCGACGUGUUCCUAUUGGACGAGGACUACGUCAGCUAUCCUCUGCCCGACUUUGCCAAAGAACCCCCCUCCAGGGAGCGGUACCAGCUGCGUGAGGCUCGGAGGAUCCGGGACCUGGACCGGGUCCUGCUGGGGUACCAGACUUACCCUCAGGCUCUGACCCUGGUGUUCGACGACCUGCCCGGCCCAGACCUGCUCUGCCACCUCACCAUGGACCACUUUGCCGCCGCAGGGGAGGAUGCCCUGCCUGGAGGGGGCGGAGCCAGCAGCGGCGCAGAGGGCGAGGUCCAGUGGUGCGUCUUUGUCCCCGGAGCCGACAGCAGAGAGAGGCUGAUCUCACUCCUCGCUCGCCAGUGGGAGGCGCUGUGCAGCCGGGAGCUUCCUGUGGAGCUCACCGGCUGAUUGGUGGAUGACGGAUGGACCUAGCUGGUCGUUGGAGGGCGGAGUCAUCAUAUGACGGGGAUCAUUUAUACAGGGAAUCAGGGCUCGGCUGGCUGCUCAAGACCUCAAUAUGCUUCAAACCAAGUAGUUCAGACAAACUGUGACCACAUCUAAAGGCAAAGCAUUUUCUAGCUGCUCCAAAAGGUCACACUGAAGGGCAUCCUGUUGUCAUAGAGACAGGCCAGAUGUGAUGACUCAUUCAAAUUAUGUUAACAAUGCAAACGUUCAUUCAAGUCUCUCCUACAAGGCUUUUAUUGUGUUGCUUGUGCACAUGAAAAGUGACAGAAAUAGUUGUGUGAAGAAUGAAGAAAGAGUGCUUGGGAGAGUUCAAAUACUUACACACCUCCACUCUACAUGCCAUUUACAUCAUAUCACAGCCUGAUAUGUUUGUGACUAAGCUUUAACUCGGUCUCAGUUUGGCUUUUCAGAUUGUUUAAAUGAGGUCUUUACUUUAAGAAGACUAAUGUGGAGUCAGUAUGCAUCAAAUUAGUAAGUAAGUAAAAAAGCGUUUUUCCUCUUUUCUGCAUGUUAACACUUGUCCUGGCUGCAUCCUUCAACACUUUGUAGUCCUGAUUUAAUGAAUUGAUCAAAUAGACGUAACGAAAAGCACUUUCAGAGACUCCCUCUUUGAAGACUUUCAUCGAGUUGCACUCUGUUGUUCACAUGAAAAGUGACUGAAGUAAUUAAGUAAAUAGUGAAGAAAAGCUUGAGAGAUCAUUUAAAACUACCACUACUUACUCUCCCUCCUCCACUCACCAGACCAAUCACUGCAUGAAGUGGGCGUGACUGUUGGUUUCGGAGGUCACUUGGUUUGAAGCAUACUUUGCCUUUUAGUUGUAUUUCCAUUGAAAGGGAUGUGGUUCGCUAUAAAAAAAAAAAAAAAGAAACCUGAGGGUUAUUCGGACUCUACAGACACCAGACUGCCAUAACAGACCUGUGACAUCACACUGAGCCGAAAUGAUGGGAGUUUCUGGCACAACUUCACUUUGUUGCAAAGUGUCUCACACGAAGGAGAUCUACAGAUUUCGUUGGAUGACUUGACUGAGGAGCAGACAGACGGACUGGUGUUGCACAGCAGGGGGCGCUGCAGACAGUCCACAGGAGUUAAACUAGUUUUAAAUCAACAUCAACUUAAAAGAACAGUCAUUUCUGGUAAAUCCUCUUGUUCUCUGUCAUCAUAUUAGAAGAUGUAUAUCAGUUUCAUACAUGUGUGUGUGUCCAGCACAAAUAUAAGUGCAGGAUGUGUUAGCCUAGCUUAGCACAAAGACUACAAGCAGGGGGAAACUGCUAGCCUAGCGUCAUCAAACGAGGAGAAAAAAAGAAAUAUAAGUGCAGGAUGUGUUAGCCUAGCUUAGCACAAAGACUAUAAGCAGGGGGAAACUGCUAGCCUAGCGUCAUCAAACGAGGAAAAAAAAGAAAUCCACCUUCCAAAUACUCCAAAGCUGUCUGAUGUACAUGUUAUUUAUGUUAAGUUGCUCUUAAAACCAAAAGUAAUUUUUUAGUUUUGCACAGUUGGAUUCUGUUUGAGGUGACAAGAGGAUAUCCAAAAAUGUUGUACUGUUGUUUUAAGUAUCUCACACACACACACACACACACACACACACACACACACACACACACCGACACACACACCGCUGCUCGGCACAAUCUGCUCUCUGAACAUUUUAUUCCUUGCACAUUGUAAUUAAUGAAGCAGUAUUAUUGAACUGUAUAAUGAAGCUUUUUAUUAUUAGUAUUAUAUUAAUAUAAGUAUGUUUUGGGACGGACGGAUGUUUUUCCAUCCUGAAACAGAUUUUGUAUUAAACACGUAAGUUCUGAUGAAAUUUCCAGAAAGAACUUUUACUUGUCAUAUUAAGCAUCAUCAUUGAGUAUUCUUUUUUUUUAUACAUUUCUUUGUGUUUUAUUUCAUUGUAUGUUGUGUUUUUCGUACAUUAUUAUUAUUAUUAUUAUUGACAAAUGGGAAGCCGGACAGUGUUUGACCCCCCCACACACAUCUCACCACUAUUGUUUACGUUUCAUGUUUUUGUCUUGUUCAUGGGGAAUGCCACUGAAUUAAAGUGAAAAUGAAAACUC